AUGUUUCUCCAGACAACUCUGAUCCUUCUUCUUGGCUUUUCUUCAGUUUCCAGCUACAAAAUCCUAGUAUACUCACGAAAAAUCGCAUACAGUCAUGUUAUGUUUAUGGGCAGAAUAGCUGAUGUAUUAGUUGAUGCUGGACAUGAAGUGCGUAUGGUAGUUUUGCUACAAGAUGCAAUAAGUGACUUUAAGUCAAAUGGUUUUGAAAAGGCUAGAGCAAUUCACAUGCCUGCAACUUUUAAAUUGGACCUUAACUUAACUGAUCAUUUGAAACAAUUUUGGAAUAGUGAGAUGGUGUCUGUGUCAGGACUGAUCCAGUUGAGACCUCAGCUACAAAACAAAGCUCAACUUGAAACUAUGCGCCAGGAAAAAUUUGAUUUGGGCAUUGGGGAGUAUUUUGACCUGUGUUAUUUGGGGUAUUUCAAAGCUAUCGACUUGAAGAGGUACGUAUCGGUAGCUUCCAUCGGACUUUAUGGAAGAUUAGCAGCGUUGCUGGGUAUUGAGAGCAAUCCCAGUUUUGUACCUAAAACCGAAAGUAAGUGGCCAUUUACCACGAAAAUCGCCCUCAUUUUUAGUGCCUUUAAAAAGACUAGUUACGUUUUAGCGUUAUACGGCGACACAACAGAUGUUAUGAGCUAUACCGAAAGAGUGGGGAAUCUAGCAAAGGUUAUGGCAGAAAGAAUCAUUGACUACUUUUUUUAUGACCCUGAAAUGAAAGCAAUGUUCGAACGAAAUCUUGGGAAGGAUUUCGAUGAGGGUGAAGCGCUCGCGAAUAGUACGUAUGUAUUGGUAAAUGCAGAUGAAUUUGUGGAAUUUCCAAGACCGAUGAGUUAUAAAGUUGUCUACAUCAACGGUGUUGCGAGAAAGGAACCAAAACCCCUUGAUAAAAAAUAUCAGAAUGUUUUGGACGGUGCGACUCAAGGCGCAGUCUUCAUAUCAUUUGGUUCAAUGAUGAAGAGUGCUUUGAUGCCCGAUCAAAUGAAAAAUGCGUUUGUAGAAACUAUCAGAAGCUUUCCUCAAAUUAAGUUCAUUUGGAAGUACGAAGCGAGCGAUGAUUUGGGAAGCGAUUUGCCAAACCUUAUAAAGAUUAAUUGGGCACCACAAAUAGAUCUUUUUGCGCAUCCAAAUAUGAAGUGUUUUAUUACCCAUUCGGGUCUAAACAGUGUCUCAGAAGCUAUCAGAGCCGGCAUUCCGAUGAUUACUAUUCCACUCUUUGCCGAACAAUUGAGAAAUUCCAGAAUGGCUGAAAAGCGUCAUAUAUCUGUGAGAUUGAAUAAGCAAACUCUCUCAAAAGAAACCCUUUCAAAUGCCCUUAAAAGUAUUUUAUAUGAUAAGAGAUAUGAGAAAGCAGCGAAAAGAUUACAGCAAAUGAUUCUGGAAAAGCCGUUCAAUGCAACAGAGCGUCUAAUAAAACACGUCGAGUUUGCAGCCAAAUUCGGUCAAGUUGACAACCUCAAUUUGGCGUCCACAAAGCUCUGUUUCUUUCGGUAUUACCUCCUUGACAUAUUAAUUCCCUUUUUCACCAUAUUGCUCUUGCUCAUAGCUCUCAUUGUCUACUUUUUUAUUUUCAUAAUCAAAAAGUUACAGUUCUACAGAAAGGUUAAGUCGGAGUAA